AUGUCGAAAUAUUAUGGUGAAUUUCUUAUUUUACUUCUCAUUUAUUUGAUUACCUGUAACGAUGCAUCACCAUGUAUAUUUACCCGAUAUAUAUAUUCAAAUGGUUUAAAACAACAAUUACAAGUUGAAUCGUGGGGUUCUGAUAGUAUUCGAAUACGUUUAAGUCCAGAUGUAAUUAUCCAAAAUCCAGAUUAUCAAGCUUUACUUCCAGAACAACCAAUCUUCAAUGAAGAAGUUUGUCACCAACCAGAUUCAAAUACAUUUAUUCAUGGAAAUAUUAAAUUUAACAUAAGUGAUGAUAAUGAAAAAUGGUUAAUUCAACGUCAAUCAGAUGGAUUAAUUCUUAUUGAAACACAAUCAAUCACAUUUUUACCAUAUAAAUAUCCACUUUCUAUUUAUUCCCCAAUAUAUAGCCUUUAUAGCUUAUCAUUAAUGUAUAAUCAUAUUCCAGAUGGAUAUUUAUAUGGUUUAGGUGAACAUCAUUAUGGUGAAAAUCUGACAUUAGCAUAUCAUAAUUUUCAUUUACCAUUUGUUUUUUCUUCAACUGCUCCAACAAAUGGUGAUAUAACAAUUCCAUGGUAUAUUCACACAUCAGCAUUUGGAUUUCUUUGGAAUCAACCAGGUUAUGGUUCAUUUGAUGUUCAAAAUGAUAAAGAAAUAAUGUGGACUGCAAAUGCUACACAUCAACUUGAUAUUUGGAUAACAACAAUUCCUAAAGAAGAAAAUCUUUCUUCAUUAUUUUAUCCUAUUCUUAUGAAAAAUUAUGUUGAUGUUAUUGGUCAUCCAAAUCCAUUACCAAAAUUUGCUUCAGGUUUUUGGCAAAGUAAAAAUCGUUAUCGUAGUCAAAAUGAAUUCUUAGAUGUUGCAAAAGGUUAUUAUGAUCGUCAAAUUCCCGUAAGUAUUAUUGUUAUUGAUUGGUUUCAUUGGACAAAACUUGGUGAAUGGAAAUUUAAUAGUACAUGUUGGCCAGAUAUUCCACAAAUGAUUAAUCAAUUAAAAUCAUACGGAAUGAAUUUAAUGGUAUCUGUUUGGCCUCAUGUUGAAAAAGAUUCAGAAAAUUUUUUCUUUAUGAACACAACAGAUUUAUUAACUCAUGAUGCAAAUGGAAAUGUUUUGCCAAGCACAACUGAUAAUCUUUAUAUUUCUGAUCAAUUUAAUCCAAUUACAAGACAAUUCAUUUGGGAUAAAGUUAAAAGAAAUUAUUAUGAUUAUGGAAUAAAAAUUUAUUGGUUAGAUGCUGAUGAACCAGAAGGAGGUCGACCUGGUUUACAAUGGUGGUAUGGAAGACAUGAUGAAGAAAUAGCAAUGGUAUGGGCAAGAGAACAUCAACGAACAUUUUGGGAUGGAUUAAAAGAUCAGAACGAAAAUGAAAUUAUUAUGCUUAGUAGACAAGCAUGGAUAGGUAGUCAUAGAAUCAAUGCAGCUGUAUGGAGUGGUGAUAUUGAUUCGUCAUGGGAAGAAUUAUUAAAACAGAUAAAAGUAGCGCAAAAUGUUGCUUUAUCUGGUAUUUAUUGGUGGACAACUGAUAUCGGAGGUUAUCGUUAUGCUGAUUUAGAUGAUAAUCAAUUUCAAGAAUUAAUAUUACGAUGGUUUCAAUUUGGAGCAUUUUGUCCAUUAUUUCGUUUACAUGGUGAACGUUAUCCACCAUUUCCAAACAAUGAAUGUGGUUUUUCUGGUGGACAUAAUGAAGUCUGGUUAUUUAAAUAUAGUGAACAAAUUAUUAAUAUAAUUCGAUUACGAGAAUCUUUACGUGAUUAUAUUGAAUAUCAUUUAAAUAUUUCUAAUCAAAAUGGAACACCUAUUUUACGACCAAUGUUUUAUGAUUUUAAUGAUGAUUUAGAAUGUUAUCAAUCUGAAGAUCAAUAUAUGUUUGGAACAGAUUAUUUAGUUGCUCCUAUUUAUACAUAUCAAGCAACAUCACGUUCAGUUUAUUUACCUAAAAUUGAUCAAUACAAUUCAGUUUGGCAACAUUAUUAUACAAAAAUAUUUUAUCAAGGUGGACAACGUUAUAAUAUUUCGACUACUUUAAAUGAUUUCCCUCUUUUUCAAAAAAUUCAAUCGAUUUGGAAUUGUUAA